CUCAUUACGCAGAAUGCAGCGCUGACCAGCCCGGGAGAGACUGCCAUAGCGCUCUGCUCAACAGUGGAGUUCCCCUCUCUUGCUCUAUUGCAUGUUAAUGUCCGCAGAGCCGUUUGUCAACCCUUCAGUUCUACUUUUUCUUGUAGGGCUCCCCACCCCCUUGUGUCACAAACAUAAUUGUUGUUACACUGCAUCGUUUAUGAUAUCGUUAUAAUUUCUCUGACUGCUUCGGAAAUUAUGUCUGUUGUCUUGAUUGUUGACCUUAUUGCUCCGUCCAUUUCAUUCCCCCGCCAGUGUGCCAAGCGCAUCCCAUUCGUGCAUGGUUAAUUUCGACAACAAAAUAUCGGAGCCACAAAUGUUGCCAUUUGUGUGAAAACUUAUCGAUACGGUGAUGUCAUACGCUGAACAAUCUAUAUUAGCCUAUUAUUGAUGAAACUAAAUAGCAGAAGGGUGGGAUGGCCUGUUUAGAUUUUAAGCGCAGAAAAGGCUUGGACUUGGAAAAAAGAGAGAGGGGCCAGUCGUGGAGCAAUCGAUGAGUAAAGCUUUUGCCCCUCCUCUAAACUUCAAACUCUCCCCAUGAUUGAUGAUCUUGGGGAGCUCUCGUAAUUGACUACUCUGAGGUAAGGCACGGAUUUCUAUCUAGAGAUACGAUUGGACGGAAGACAUACAAAAUUACUUUCCUUGCAAAAAAAAACCCUUUCUCUUUGGAAAAGUUCAUUUUGUCUGAAAAGGGGUGCUCAAUAUCACUUAAUUUGUCGUAUUCAUAAGGAAAGGGCCUUAGAUUCUCGAAGAAAUUGUUUGCGCUUAUUGAGAUCUAAAUAAUACGUCAAUAGAUAAGAUUCGUUUCAGUCGUGUACAAUGUUACCUACUUAUGGAUAGAGUUUCAGAUAGUCUAUUGGGGUUUUGUGUUGUCAGUUUAUCGCAACCUAUGUGGAAACAUACCGUUGAUAAAACAUACGAUAACCAUCAAAACAACUACUGGAACAAGUUGGCACAUUGCAGUGGUGGUUUAUUCGAAAUGCGCUUUGGAGUGCAGACCGAUAAAAGUUAGUCUUACAACAUAUGAGGUGCCUCCGUAUGUUAACACUGAAACGGUGGCUUCUGCUGUUCUUUGGUUGCGACGUAACCAGCACAAAACCCGAGCCAAACGCAAAAGCAGAUUACAGCAUAUCCGCGCUCCAUCCUUUUCCAUCUUCUGCUACUUUUAGGAGCUCAUAUUGCGAGCGAAAUCAGUGGAGAGCAGAUGCUGUGUUGUUUGGCUCCCCCCGUGAGGAGUUGAAGCCGUCCGUGUGCAUACUCUGCAUAUCACAGGCUUUGGUCUCUCCUCUCUUUCUGUAGCUGCUGUAGGACUGGCUAUGGCCACCUCUACUUCCGGGUUCCGUCAUUUCAUUCUCCCGCCGAUCAGCGCAGCGAACUGACUCUGUUCUAUAAGCAAGCUAGCAGCCAACCUGCCAACACUCGCUGACACUCACUCAUCUCAGACCUGCGAGAUAGACGAAAUACCUACCGGGAAAAGGAAAGAUCUGAAUUGCAAUCUCUUAAUUUCUUUUUCUUUUUUCUUUUUUUACAGUAAUGAUAAAACAAGAUAGCGAUCCGGAGGCAUAAAGGAGACGCGGAGUUGUUGGAUGAAAACGGGCUAAAAAGAUUCAUCCUCUUUUGAACAUCAUCACCAACCAUCAUUCAUUCAUUACCUUGACAACCUCUGGCUUUGAUUGACAGCUGGAGUGGCAAAAAGCCAUGAGACACGACAGUUUAGUUACAUGCAGGUUGUUGAUGGGCCGAUUGUAACCUUCAGUUUGGUGGUUGACAUUUUUUUUUCUUUUUUGGGGGCAAAGAGGAAAACAAGAAAAAUUGCAAAACUCCUGAUGCCUCUGCUUGUUCUGAACCACACUGGAGAAUAGGAGAAUUCACCAAGUUGGUUGAAAAAGGAAUCUUACCACUAAAUCACAUUCUUACCAGACUGGGAUAUUAAAUAUACGACACAUCCAGGAGUUUAUUGGAGCGCAGCCUGAUGGCGCAAAGGGUAGGUUUUAAAUCUCCCACACUUACCUAUACAAAUCCACUAUCGGAGGGCCUCGUCUAUCGCUAUCCGCAAGUCGGUGGCGGUUCAUUUACAAACGACCACAAUCUGAGGCAUUUUAUUUGACAUUUUUGCUGUAUCUCAACUCGUCCAGCGGCGUGACAGCCCCUUCCUUACCGGUGAUCUCCGCGGCAUUCGUGGAGCUGUUUUUAAAGGGACUCUAAGUAACACGAAAGUAACUCAGCCUCGGGGAUACAGAAGUUUAGAAUGUUUUUGUACGAUGAGUUGGCCCAUUAUGGGGGAAUGGACGGAGUUGGAGUUCCGGCAUCUAUGUACGAUCCGCAUGCUCCACGACCGCUACCCCAGGUCCACCACUUGAAUCAUGGACCUCCGCUCCACGCCCAGCACUACGGUGCACAUGCACCCCAUCCCAAUGUAAUGUCCAGUGGCAUGGGUUCAGCUGUCAACGAUGUUUUAAAGAGGGACAAAGAUCUAAUUUAUGGUCAUCCUUUAUUCCCCCUCCUUGCCUUGGUUUUUGAGAAGUGUGAGCUGGCGACGUGCACUCCCAGGGAGCCCGGGGUAGCAGGCGGCGAUGUCUGCUCCUCCGACUCCUUCAACGAGGACAUCGCAGUCUUUGCCAAACAGGUCCGUGCAGAAAAACCUCUAUUUUCUUCAAAUCCAGAGUUGGACAAUUUGAUGAUACAAGCCAUACAAGUUUUGCGGUUUCAUCUUUUGGAGUUAGAAAAGGUUCACGAGCUCUGUGACAAUUUUUGCCAUCGGUACAUCAGUUGUUUGAAAGGGAAAAUGCCAAUAGACCUAGUUAUUGACGAACGGGAUGGCAGCUCAAAAUCGGACCACGAGGAGCUUUCGGGAUCUUCAACCAAUUUAGCAGAUCACGAUGGAAAGGGCGCUCCUCGGUCACAACGUAGAAACCCCGCUUCCUGGAGAGACCACGAUGACGCCACCUCCACACACUCGGCCGGCACGCCCGGUCCCUCCAGCGGGGGCCACGCUUCGCAGAGUGGGGACAACAGCAGCGAACAAGUCCCCUCGUUUCGCUCAGGAGACGGCCUAGACAACAGUGUGGCCUCGCCUGGCACCGGUGACGACGACGACCCGGACAAAGAGAAAAAGAGGCAGAAAAAGCGAGGCAUCUUCCCCAAGGUCGCCACCAACAUCAUGCGGGCAUGGCUCUUCCAGCACCUCACGCACCCGUACCCCUCAGAAGAACAGAAAAAGCAGCUAGCCCAAGAUACAGGCCUCACCAUCUUACAAGUAAACAACUGGUUCAUUAACGCCAGAAGAAGAAUAGUACAGCCGAUGAUUGACCAGUCAAAUCGAGCAGGUUUUCUUCUUGAUCCUUCAGUGAGCCAAGGAGCAGCGUACAGUCCGGAGGGGCAGCCCAUGGGCAGCUUCGUGCUGGACGGACAGCAACACAUGGGAAUCCGGCCAGCUGGGCCUAUGAGUGGAAUGGGGAUGAAUAUGGGUAUGGAUGGGCAAUGGCACUACAUGUAACCUCCAUCUUGUAAAGCAAAUCACAAA